AUGGCUGCGGGAACAACGGGAUUUAAACGGUUUAGAAAGCCUGAGGAGACGAAAAUGAGAAUAAAAAAACGUGAUUCAUAUGAAACAUUCUACCCCAUGACUGCAUUGCUAGUAGAUGGUGUGGCUGCAAAUAGAGAUUUUGAGCAGCAAAUACUUGAAUCAAUAGGCAUUCGAACAGAACCUGCAAAUAGUGCUCAAGAAGCAAUGCAGCUUUUGUUAACUGGUGUGAAUUUUGAUAUCAUAUUUGUUGAUUUUGAUUUGCCCAUAAUAAGUGGACCUCAGUUUGUGAUGGAUAUGCGUGCACUGGGGAUACAGAGUAGAAUUGUGGGCAUGUUAUCACUCUUUAGUGAUCAUAAUUCACAAAUGUUUUUGGAAGCGGGAGUUAAUGGCAACACUCAAAAACCUUUGACUCGAGAACUUAUUGAACAGAUCAUUGAAAUCCUUCGCUUCAUAUAA